GACAUGCAGUGGGGUAAAGGAGUACGGGAGAUCCCCCCCUCAGUAUGCACACUGCCAUGCAAGCCGGGGCAAAGAAAGAAGACACAGAAGGGAACUCCGUGCUGCUGGACCUGUGAGCCUUGCGACGGCUACCAGUACCAGUUUGAUGAGAUGACAUGCCAACAUUGCCCCUACGACCAGAGGCCCAAUGAAAACCGAACCGGCUGCCAGGAUAUCCCCAUCAUCAAACUAGAGUGGCAUUCCCCCUGGGCCGUCAUCCCUGUCUUCCUAGCAAUGUUGGGGAUCAUCGCCACCAUCUUUGUCAUGGCCACUUUCAUCCGCUACAAUGACACGCCCAUUGUCCGAGCAUCCGGGCGGGAACUGAGCUAUGUUCUGUUGACUGGCAUCUUUCUUUGCUACAUUAUCACUUUCCUGAUGAUAGCCAAACCUGAUGUGGCAGUGUGUUCUUUCCGGAGAGUUUUCCUGGGCUUGGGUAUGUGCAUCAGUUAUGCAGCCCUCUUGACAAAAACCAAUCGGAUUUAUCGCAUAUUUGAGCAGGGCAAGAAAUCAGUGACAGCUCCCAGACUCAUAAGCCCAACAUCACAGCUGGCCAUAACUUCCAGUUUAAUAUCAGUUCAGCUUCUAGGUGUUUUCAUUUGGUUUGGUGUUGACCCACCCAACAUCAUCAUAGACUAUGAUGAACAUAAGACAAUGAACCCUGAGCAGGCCAGGGGAGUUCUCAAAUGUGACAUUACAGACCUCCAAAUCAUUUGCUCCUUGGGAUAUAGCAUUCUUCUCAUGGUCACAUGUACUGUGUAUGCCAUCAAGACUCGGGGUGUCCCAGAGAAUUUUAAUGAAGCCAAACCCAUUGGAUUCACUAUGUACACGACAUGUAUAGUGUGGCUUGCCUUCAUUCCCAUUUUUUUUGGCACUGCUCAGUCAGCGGAAAAGCUCUACAUACAAACUACCACACUUACAAUCUCCAUGAACCUAAGUGCGUCAGUGGCUCUGGGGAUGCUUUACAUGCCGAAAGUGUACAUCAUCAUUUUCCACCCUGAACUCAAUGUCCAGAAGCGGAAGCGAAGCUUCAAGGCGGUAGUCACGGCAGCCACCAUGUCAUCGCGGCUGUCACACAAACCCAGUGACAGACCCAACGGUGAGGCAAAGACAGAACUCUGUGAAAACGUAGACCCAAACAACUGUAUACCACCAGUAAGAAAGAGUGUACAAAAGUCUGUUACUUGGUACACUAUCCCACCAACAGUAUAGCUUUUGCCUGCUUUCUUAAAGAACGCAAGUGAUGGUGACUCUUAUUUCUGCCUCCUAAAGACAUGUCUCAGCUUCGCAGAGUUUUUUGUUUUUUUGUUUUUUGGGUUUUUUUGGCUGUACAAUGGAACUUGGAUGCAUUUUAAAUUAACUUUCUCUAGGAAUCAAAGAGUAACCUCCAAGGACCCCAGCUUGCACUAAGAGGAUUGAGGAAAUGUGUCCACAGCCUCUUCUUGCUGAGCUGACCCAAACACAUAGAAGAACACGAUAUGAAUCAGCAACCCCACUUCCCGUGAAAAGUGCAACCACAAGUGGCCAUCUGCACGGGCAUACAGUCAGGCCAUUGUCCAAGG